AACGAUUUUACAUUCGAACCAAAAACAUAUCCCACGACGAUGACGACCAAAAUAUCCAGAUUUUUACUUAUACUUUUGUUAGCGGGCAUGCUCGAGAAGAAUCAAAAUGGCUUGAACACCAAUGCUCAGAUCAUAAACAUCAAUUGCGAUGGCAAAUCAGCCAUAUGUGUGGGUCCCUCGACCUAUCAAUAUUGCUAUGCAGAUAUCGCUUCGGGCGCUGUCCAACAAUGUCCAGCGAACACGCGUUGCAUUAACGAUAGCUUGGAGAUUUGCCUGCCAGUCAAAUCGGAUGGCAGUGCACCAACAGCUGCUGUUGCCAAGAUGACCACAAUCACCGAUAGUCCUAUUGUUCAGGGUGCUAGUAGCUCAUCAGCUAUCAUCGAAUCCACUACGGGCAAUGUGAUAAUUCCUACGAAACCCACUACUGAAGGGCCAGCGCAAUCUAGUGAUCCAACCGAAGCACCUGUUACUACAGCACAACCCAUUGAUACAACGCUUGCUUCAGUUGAGACGACCACAACUGUUCCCAUCGAGACCACGAGCCAACCUAUUGUGGACACUACUGUCGGUAACACUGCUGCACCCGUUGCACCGGAGUCUACGAUUCCCAGCGAGCCAGUGGGUACUACAACAGAUGCUGCAGUUGAUCCGAAUACAACCAUAGAUCCCAACUGGGGUACAGCCGCUCCUGUUGAUCCUAAUGCCCCAGUCGACUCUACAACUAUUGCACCUCAGGAAACAACACUGCCUCCAGUCGAUCCUGUAGCACCAAUCGAUCCCAACGCUCCACUCGAUCCCAACGUACCAGUUGAUCCCAACGCACCAAUCGAUCCCAAUGCGCCAGUUGAUCCCAACGCGCCAGUUGAUCCAAAUGCUCCAAUUGAUCCCAACGCACCAGUUGAUCCCAACGCACCAAUUGAUCCCAACGCACCAAUUGAUCCCAACGCACCAAUCGAUCCCAACGCGCCAGUUGAUCCCAACGCACCAAUCGGCACCACAACUAUUGCACCUGAGGAAACCACUCUAUCUCCUGCGGAUCCCAACGCACCAGUCGAUCCUAACGCUCCGAGCGAUCCAAAUGCUCCUGUGGAUCCCAACGCACCAAUCGAUCCCAACGCACCAGUUGAUCCCAAUGCACCAAUCGAUCCCAAUGCGCCAGUUGAUCCCAACGCGCCAGUUGAUCCAAAUGCUCCAAUUGAUCCAAAUGCUCCACUCGAUCCCAACGCACCAGUUGAUCCCAACGCGCCAGUCGAUCCAAAUGCACCAAUCGACCCGAACGCACCAAUCGGCACCACAACUAUUGCACCUGAGGAAACCACUCUAUCUCCUGCGGAUCCCAACGCACCAGUCGAUCCUAACGCUCCGAGCGAUCCAAAUGCUCCUGUGGAUCCCAACGCACCAAUUGAUCCCAACGCGCCAGUUGAUCCUAAUGCUCCAAUUGAUCCCAACGCACCAGUUGAUCCCAACGCACCAAUUGAUCCCAACGCACCAAUUGAUCCCAACGCGCCAGUUGAUCCAAAUGCUCCAAUUGAUCCCAACGCACCAGUUGAUCCCAACGCACCAAUUGAUCCCAACGCACCAGUUGAUCCCAACGCACCAAUCGAUCCCAACGCGCCAGUUGACCCAAAUGCACCAAUCGACCCGAACGCACCAAUCGGCACCACAACUAUUGCGCCUCAGGAAACCACUCUAUCUCCUGCGGAUCCCAACGCACCAGUUGAUCCUAACGCUCCGAGCGAUCCAAAUGCUCCUGUGGAUCCCAACGCACCAAUUGAUCCCAACGCACCAAUUGAUCCCAACGCGCCAGUUGAUCCAAAUGCUCCAAUUGAUCCCAACGCACCAGUUGAUCCUAACGCACCAAUUGAUCCCAACGCACCAGUUGAUCCCAACGCACCAAUCGAUCCCAACGCGCCAGUUGACCCAAAUGCACCAAUCGACCCGAACGCACCAAUUGGCACCACAACUAUUGCACCUCAAGAAACCACUCUAUCACCUGUGGAUCCCAACGCACCAAUCGACCCUAACGCUCCAAUUAAUCCAAAUCAACCGGUCGAUCCUAAUGCACCAGUUGACCCCAACUCUCCCGUUGAUCCCAACGCCCCAGUCGAUCCUAAUGCACCACUUGGUCCCAAUGCACCAGUGGAUCCCAACGCACCAGUGAACCCCAACGCUCCAGUUGAUCCCAACGCGCCAGUCGAUCCGAAUGCUCCAGUUGGCCCCAAUGCACCAGUGGAUCCCAACGCACCAGUGAAUCCCAACGCUCCAGUUGAUCCUAAUGCACCAGUCGACCCCAACGCACCUGUUGAUCCUAAUGCUCCUGCGCCAGUGAACCCUAACGCGCCUGUCGAUCCAAAUGCACCUAAUGCACCAGUUGACCCCAACUCUCCCGUUGAUCCCAACGCCCCAGUCGAUCCUAACGCGCCUGUCGAUCCUAAUGCACCACUUGGUCCCAAUGCACCAGUCGACCCCAAUGCACCAGUGGAUCCCAACGCACCAGUGAACCCCAACGCACCAGUGAACCCCAACGCUCCAAUUGAUCCUAACGCGCCAGUCGAUCCGAAUGCUCCAGUUGGCCCCAAUGCACCAGUCGAUCCCAAUGCACCAGUGGACCCCAACGCACCAGUGAACCCCAACGCUCCAGUUGAUCCCAACGCGCCAGUCGAUCCGAAUGCUCCAGUUGGCCCCAAUGUACCAGUGGAUCCCAACGCACCAGUGAAUCCCAACGCUCCAGUUGAUCCUAAUGCACCAGUCGACCCCAACGCACCUGUUGAUCCUAAUGCUCCUGCGCCAGUGAACCCUAACGCGCCUGUCGAUCCUAAUGCACCAGUUGUUCCCAAUGCACCAGUCGAUCCCAAUGCACCAGUGGAUCCCAACGCACCAGUGAACCCCAACGCUCCAGUUGAUCCUAACGCGCCAGUCGAUCCGAAUGCUCCAGUUGGCCCCAAUGCACCAGUCGAUCCCAAUGCACCAGUGGAUCCCAACGCACCAGUGAAUCCCAACGCUCCAGUUGAUCCUAAUGCCCCCGUUGGUCCAAAUGCACCAGUCGACCCCAACGCACCUGUUGAUCCUAAUGCUCCUGCACCAGUGAACCCUAACGCUCCUGUCGAUCCUAAUGCCCCAGUUGGCCCUAAUGCACCAGUCGACCCUAACACGCCAGUGGAUCCCAACGCCCCAGUGAAUCCCAACGCUCCAGUUGAUCCAACUGCACCCGUCGACCCCAACGCACCUGUUGAUCCUAAUGCUCCUGCACCAGUGAAUCCUAACGCUCCUGUCGAUCCUAAUGCGCCAGUUGGCCCUAAUGCACCAGUCGACCCUAACACGCCAGUGGAUCCCAACGCCCCAGUGAAUCCCAACGCUCCAGUUGAUCCCAAUGCCCCAGUUGGUCCAAAUGCACCAGUCGAUCCCAACGCACCUGUUGAUCCUAAUGCUCCUGCACCAGUGAACCCUAAUGCUCCUGUCGAUCCUAAUGCGCCAGUUGACCCUAGUGCACCAGUCGACCCUAACACGCCAGUGGAUCCCAACGCCCCAGUGAAUCCCAACGCUCCAGUUGAUCCCAAUGCCCCAGUUGGUCCAAAUGCACCAGUCGACCCCAAUGCACCUGUUGAUCCUAAUGCUCCUGCACCAGUGAACCCUAACGCGCCUGUCGAUCCUAAUGCCCCAGUUGGCCCUAAUGCACCAGUGGAUCCCAACGCACCUGUGAAUCCAAAUGCUCCAGCUCCAGUGGACCCCAACGCACCAGUUGAUCCUAAUGCACCUGUUCCAGUGAGUCCCAAUUCUCCUGUGGAUCCCAACACUCCAGUUGCUCCUAAUGCGCCACUCGAUCCUAAUGCUCCCACUCCAGUAAAUCCUAACGCUCCUGUCGAUCCAAAUGCACCUGCUCCAGUGAACCCCAACGCGCCAGUCAAUCCUAAUGCUCCCACUCCAGUAAAUCCAAACGCUCCUGUGGAUCCAAAUGCUCCUGCUCCAGUGAACCCUAAUGCACCAGUCAAUCCUAAUGCUCCCGCUCCAAUAAAUCCUAACGCUCCUGUGGAUCCAAAUGCUCCUGCACCAGCGAACCCCAAUGCUCCCGCAAAUCCCAAUUCACCUGUCAUUCCCAACUCUCCUAGUACUCCAGUAAUUCCCAACGCUCCUAUCAAUCCACCAGUUAUUCCUCUAAUUCCUUCAGUUCCUACCAGGCCUACCAUUCGACCAAUCCCUCAAUUUCCAUUCUGGCCUCGUCCACAUGAAUCAGGUAAUGGCCAAGUAGCACCUACUCGACGACCCUUCUGGCCCAAUUGGCACAACUGGGUAAACGGCUGGAUUCCAACAAACAAGCCUGCCUUGCCAUCGAACAACAAACCGGAGACUGCUGAGUCUAUCGAACAGCCAUCGGGUGGCACAAUCUCCAAUGAGAAUGCAUCGGUUGAGCAAGACAAUAAGAAGACUGAGGAUCAGUCCAAGGAGCAAGAGCAGAAAAAGUCAAGUCCCGCUGAUAAUAGUUCAGCCGAAAAGGAUAUCAAAAAGCCAAAGGACUCUAAUGAAGAAAAGGACAAUGAGAAAAAGAAGAAUAAUAACUCUUCUGAGGACAAGAACGACAAGAAGGAGGAACAUAAAUCCAAGGACUCCAAGGAAGAGAAAGACAAAAAGAAGUCCAACAAUUCUGACGAGGACAAAAAGGAUGACAGUGAUAAGAAGAAGUCUAAUUCCGAAGAAGAGAAGAAGGACGACAAAAAGGACAGCAAACAGUCAAAGGAUUCCAAGGAGAGCAAGGACAGUGAACAGAAAAAGUCCAGCGAAGACGAGGACAGUGAAGACUUGAACUCCAAGGAGAAGAAGCAAUACGUUAAGGACGUGAUCAAGAAGCUAAAGGAUGAGGAUGAAUGCGACGAAGACGAUGUUUAUCCCGAUGUACGCGAUUGUCGUAAGUAUUAUCGCUGUGAGGUUAAGAAAUCGGGCAAACAUAAGUACGUACAUCUGCGUUGCGAUAACAAGGAGCGCUUCGACUACCGCAGCCUCAAGUGCGUUUCCAAGGAUGAUGCCAAGUGCCUGCGCAAGUAGAAAGGACCA